AUGGAUAGCGAGCACCCUAACUCGAGAACUAGGCGGUUUCGCAAAUGGUUUACUUGGAAGCUCAAGAGAUCCGACCAGUUUCGUGAUGGUGAAAUUUCAGAUGGGGAUGAAGAGGAUAAAGGCGAGGACAUGGAUGACAUUGUUAGGUCUUUGGAGAAGGAUCGAUGCAUUUUAACCAAUGAACUGAGAGUCUUCGUUGGUACAUGGAAUGUUGCCGGACGAUCUCCUAUAGGGAGCUUGGCUGUAGAUUUGGAUGAAUGGUUGAAUCUCAAAGACGCUGCCGACAUUUAUGUUCUCGGAUUUCAAGAGAUUGUCCCUUUAAAUACCAUGAAUGUAAUUGGAGCACAAGACCCAACAGAAGCAACAAACUGGAACCUGCUUAUUGGAAAAACCAUCAACGAAAAAUAUGGCUGCCCUUGGUUAACACCUAUGUUGAAUCCUAUCACAAGUGACAAUUAUCAUUAUGUGGGAGGUCCCGAAUCUGAAAGAAGAGUCUCUGUUAGCAGCCUGCCCUCAACUCCAAUUAGAGGGCAGGCUAGCAUCCAACAAAAAGAGCCAAAUAGAGGCAGCAGGUACAAGCUCAUGGCAAGCAAGAAGAUGGUUGGAGUCUUCAUAAGUGUAUGGAUGAAGAGGGCAUUGCUCAAGCAGUACCACAUAUCAGGGGUGAAAGUUUGUUCAGUGGCUUGUGGUAUCUUGGGUUAUUUGGGAAACAAAGGUUCAGUAUCAGUGACCAUGUCAAUUGAAGGAACUAGCUUUUGCUUCAUCGCUGCCCACUUAGCUUCUGGCGAGAAGAAAGGCGACGAGCGGAGAAGGAAUCAUCAAAAAGGCGACGAGGGGAGAAGGAAUCAUCAAGUCUCCGAAAUUUUUAGGCGGACUUUGUUCCCACGACGACCUCAAGAUGGUGAUAAUUACUAUCCCCUCACCAUCUUAGGACACGAUCGGAUAUUCUGGUUUGGGGAUCUCAACUACAGAUUAUACUUGGAAGACAUUUUAGCCAGGCAGCUAAUAAAGCAAAAAGACUGGAGAGCACUACAAGAGGUUGAUCAGCUUCAGAGGGAACUAGCAGAUGGUGGAGUAUUCCAAGGCUGGAAGGAGGGAAACAUAGAAUUUGCACCUACAUACAAGUAUUCUUCAUCUAAUUGUAAUCGGUAUUCGGGUGGACUUCCAAACAGAGUUGGAGAGAAGCAAAGAACUCCAGCAUGGUGUGACAGGAUUCUAUGGUAUGGUAAAGGAGUGAAACAAAUCUCAUAUUUCCGCAGUGAGAGUAAGUUCUCUGAUCAUCGGCCUGUCUCUGCACUCUUCACCACAAAAAUUGAAGUUACCAAGUCUGCCAAUCCAAGGGUUGUUGUACCAUUACCCAUUGUCCCUACCAAGACAAUUUCUCACCAAACCGAACAGCAUAAGGCUCACAAAGAGGCUACAUCCACCUUACUAUCUUUGAUCGUAAAGGAUAAAGUAGCAUCGCCAACAUACAAGCACACUAAUAGAACAAAGAGAUGACAGUUGAUGGAGCUGUGUUUUAUUAGUUUCAAUGUCAGACUGGUUUGUUGGGCAUAGAAUUGCAAUAUCUUCCUUCCACCUAUAUGUUUCGCCAACCAAAAGCUAAAAAUAUUUCUCCUAGUGACUUGGCAACAUAAGUCGCAUUUCAAAUGCAAGGUAUACAGAUACUAAAGUAACUGUAUGUAGUAUUAUUUAAUAUUACCCAUAUAAAAUUGCAUUUUUAGUGAUAAG